CAGAGGAAAAGGCUCUUUGAAUGUGGUGAUGAAUUUCGAGUGUUUUGGAGGCGCCGAUUCUUUUCUUGGUUAACUGAGAAUCUCUGGGUGUAGGGAGGGCCUGCGUCAGUUCUUCCUUGGACGGGCCCUUCUGUGCGGGAGAGCCGGACGGCGCCGGCGGCGGACCCGAAGAGGAAGCUAAGCCUGGGGCAGUGCCGCCGCGGCCGGACCUUCGGGCGGCUACCGGUUGUACUAUGUUUUCUUGUGAUAUUUGUGGUGAAACAGUAACCUCAGAACCAGACAUGAAGGCUCACCUUCUAAUCGUGCACAUGGAAAAUGAAGUUAUAUGUCCAUUUUGCAAGUUGUCAGGUGUGAAUUAUGAUGAAAUGUGUUUUCAUAUUGAAACUGCUCACUUUGAGCAAAAUGAACUAGAAAGAAGCUUUGCAAGGAUCAAUACGAUACAAAUUAGAACUUCAGAUAACAGGAAGGACAACACCUUGCAGUGUAGAAUGGAAGUUAAUUCUAGUGUCCAUUCAGCUUGUGCAUCUAAUCAUCCAAAAACUUCACCUCAAAGCCUGCCUAGGGAUGACACUUUAAAACAUAAAGCCUAUUCGGAGAACUUAACUGAAUCUAGAAAAUUCCUUAAAAGUAGGGAGAAAGAGUGUGACCUAUCUAAAAUAAAAGGAUCAAUUUAUGAAACAGUGUAUAGUCCUCCCGAAUGUCCGUUCUGUGGAAGAAUAGAAGAUUGCAGUCAAGAUAUGGAAAAUCAUGUGAAAACAAAGCAUGCCAGUCUUUUAGACACUCCAUCAGAAGACCAUGAUCAACCACUGUAUGACUGUCCUAUGUGUGGGCUCAUCUGUACAAAUUACCAUAUUCUUCAGGAACAUGUCGACUUACAUUUAGAAGAAAGCAACUUUGGACAAGGCAUAAAUAGAGUACAGUGUUCUCGAGAUCUGGAAUUGGCUCACCAACUUCAACAAGAAGAAGACAGAAAGAGGAGAUCUGAAGAAGCACGACAAGAAAUGGGAGAAUUUCAGAAGCUGCAGAGACAAUAUGGUUUAGAUAACUCUGGAGGAUACAAACAACAGCAACUACGAAAUAUGGAGAUAGAAGUCAAUAGGGGAAGAAUGCAUCCAUCUGAAUUUCAUAGAAGAAAAGCUGAUAUGAUGGAAUCUCUAGCUAUUGGUAUUGAUGAUGGAAAAACAAAAACUUCUGGAAUUAUUGAAGCACUUCAUAGAUACUAUCAGAAUGCUGCCACAGAUGUGAGACGCGUGUGGCUUUCCACAGGGGUGGAUCACUUUCAUUCAUCUUUUGGUGACAAAGGUUGGGGUUGUGGUUACAGAAAUUUCCAGAUGCUACUUUCAUCAUUACUGCAAAAUGAUGCUUAUGAUGAUUGCUUGAAAGGUAUGUCAAUUCCUUGCAUUCCAAAAAUUCAGUCUAUGAUUGAAGAUGCAUGGAAGGAAGGUUUUGAUCCACAGGGUGCCUCUCAACUUAAUAACAGGUUACAGGGAACAAAGGCCUGGAUCGGAGCAUGUGAAGUAUAUACACUCCUGACCUCCCUACGGGUAAAAUGCCACAUUGUUGAUUUUCAUAAGUCAACUGGUCCUUUGGGUACCCAUCCUCGCUUAUUUGAAUGGAUAUUGAACUAUUAUUCUUCAGAGAGAGAAGGGAAUCCAAAAGUAGUGUGUACAUCUAAACCUCCUAUCUAUCUUCAGCAUCAAGGUCAUAGUCGAACAGUUGUUGGAAUUGAAGAGAGAAAAAAUCGAACAUUAUGUUUACUAAUAUUUGAUCCUGGAUGUCCUUCUCGGGAAAUGCAGAAACUAUUAAAGCAAGAUACAGAGGCUAGCAAUCUCAAACAACUUCGGAAAUUUGUGGGAAAUUUAAAACAUAAGCAGUACCAGAUAGUGGCAGUAGAGGGUGUUCUUUCUUCUGAGGAGAAAAUUGUAAGUAUUUACGUAUUUUCUUGUGUGAAGCUUGAACAAAUUGAACUUAUGGGUUUAAAAUUUUUAGUUAAAAUCAUCAGUGUUAUCCCUUUUUAUCUCAUUCUGUAUUUUUCGGUUGGCAAAGAUAUUUUGGUUUUGUAUCAUUUAAUUUCUGGACUGGACAUCUUUAAAUUUCAGGUGCUACCUAACUUGACUCAGAGCUUCAAAAAAAUAUUUAAUCUUACACUGUAUUAACAUAAUUGUUAAUACCAGGCACAUAAUGAAAAAUGGCAACAUAUAUGGUAAAAAGACCUAACUUAAUCCGAGGACUCCUAAUGCAUAUUGGUCUUAACAAUUAUGGUUUAUUAAAUGUGAUUCUUGUGAUUAUUGAGGCUCUGUGUUAUGCACUUGGGUUUACUGGAUAUACACAGUUCUAGAAUUUAACUUCAAUACAGUUCCCUCUUUAUCCCGUACAGCUAAGUGAUGACUGGUACAUUACAGAAGAAUCUCUAGAGGUUGAAAACCCUCCACUUAGUAUAACUGAAGCUAUGUAUUUAGUGGCAUAUCAAGUCUAGAAAAUGCACAGUUCCCAGAAUCUUAAAAGGAAAAAAAAAAAAGUGCCUAUUUGAGUAUUCCACAUGGAUUUGUUCUCCCCUAAGGAGGAGACAGAGGCCUAGAGAGGAGCAUUUAUGAAGAAUAACAGGAUUACAGGUGGAAACACUAAAAUUGCUUUAAAUGAGAGAGAAUUACAGUAAUCUUUUCAGUCUCACAACUUGGGAUAUAAAGGCAAAUAUUAUUUCAGAGGUUCUUCAGUUUAAUUAAAUCUUAAAGGUUUCCUUGGAGUGAAUUACAUGCCAAAAUUGCAUUCAUUUUUUUUACCCUGUCUUAUCUUUGGCUGCAUAAAGUUAGAGAUUAAAUUUAUUUAUUUAUUUAUUUAUUUAUUUAUUUAUUUAUUUAUUUAUUCUUUUAAAAAUAUAUUUUUUUAUUUUAAUUCUAGUGUUAACAUACAAUAUUAUACUGGUUUCAGGGAUAUAAUAUAGUGAUUCAGCAGUUCUGUACAUUACCAAUUAAGUGUAUCUUAAUCCUCUGUACCUAUUUCGCCCACCCCCCACCCACCUCCCCUCUGGUGGCCAUCUGUUUGUUCUCUAUAGUUAAGUCUGUUUUUUGUUUUGUUAGAGGUUAAUUUUAAUUGUUAUAAAAUGCAAGAUGCUUGUUCAUCAGUAUACAGGUUACUUAUGAGAGCAUAAGUGAGGUUAAAUACUAUCAUGGAACCUAGCUGAACAUUUUAGUUCGGUGUUAUGUUAACUUUCUGAUUGUGGGAACUGAGAUGUUGUUAGAAGAGUAGCUUGUCCUUUUCUUUCUUUCUUUUUUUUUUUUUUUUGAGUCAUAGAGAGUAGCUGUGUCUUUAACUUCUUUAAAAGAAUUAGAACUUGGCUCAUUAUUUACAAUACUGCUAGGUGGAAAAGAAAUAAUAUGAUUAUAAUUGUAAUACUAAUAAAGUAUUACUUUGUAAUGCUUGCUUUGCACUAGGCACCACACUAAGCAUUUUUACACAGAUAUUAACUAAUGUGAUUACACAAUUGCCCUAUAGAGUAGGCUCUAUUAUUCCCAUUUUACAGAUGAGGAUGUCUAGGCUCAGAAGAGUUGUUACAUUUCUGAAGUCACACAGCUGCUAAGUAACAAGAGGCAGGAUUCCAAUUCAGUCAGUUUACAUCCAGAGUUCUGCCCUAUGUGGCUGCUUCUGGGAGGAUACAAUGUCUUGUCGUUUCAUAUUUGUUAAUUAAGUUUAUAUGUGAACAAUUCACUUUUAUUAUUGAAAAGAUAACUAUAUUUUGAAAAAUGAAAAAAAAUCAGUUAACAUUAUUUUUACAUAGCCCUUUCAAGCCUACGUUUUUGUUUCUUCCUUUUUGUUUUAAAUCAUUGUGUCUUAGAGUUAUUCUGCCAUUUUUAACAGUGCUGUCUACCUUGCAGGAAUUCAGCAAAUACUGCCAUACUGAUUGAUCUGUGUAUCACCAGAUAGACAUCUGCAGCUUCAACUAAGGGCUCAUUAAUGACUUUACUUUUUAUUUCAGAGUGGUGGUUUAUUUAUAGCUCAUUUUAAAAUGUGUUUUUCCUCCUAAGUGAUAACUAUAAUUUUAAUUGUAGGAAUUUUAGAACAUAUUUGGUAUUUUAAAGUAUCCCAAAGUGUAGAUAUUUGUAACUGCAUUUUAUAUUCUUCAUAUUUGGAGUUUAAUUAUAAUAUUUUAAUAAUCAUGCAGCUCUUAUUCAAGGAAAGGAAACAGGUUUCAAAAAAUUGUUUUUAUCCUGGCAGCUGUCCUAUAAUUACCAUAAUGCAUUUCUGCCAUAAGUAUAUUUUGAGUAAUAAUUCCAAACUGUUACAGAUGUUGGAGCACUUGGUUAAGUGAAAGAAUUUAUGUUGGCAAAUAUCUCCUAAUGCAAUUCAAUUAAGUAAUGCAUACACACCUACUUAAUAGCCAUUUUCCUCAAUUCUUUUCAUACAUUGACAUGUUUUAGUUAAAUUCUACAAAGAAGCACUGCAUUCUGUUUUCCAUUUUGUAAUCCUUGUACAUUUUGUAAAAUCCUUGAUUUAACUUCGUUUUAAACUGGCUUGGUAUAAUAUGCCUUGAUUCAUAACUCAAGUUGUAAAAAUAGAACAAAUGCUUGAAAGUCUUUUAAAGUGACAUUUAAAGCUAUAAUGGAGAUAAUUUUCUUAAAGAUUCUCUGCUCACAGCCCUCUCUGUUUAUACGUGUCUCUCUGACUGUGAGCCAUCAUUUUUAUUUUUGACUCAUUAUUCCUUAAAACGGUGAAUUUUCUUUUUACUCUUUUCUCUUUACCUGGUAUUUUGUUUAAUUUCCUUUUUUGGGGUUGGUUUUAAAAAUCUUUAUUACUAGAGCAUAGAGCACCUGGCUGGCUCAGUUAGUUAAGCAUCCAACUUGAUCUCAGCUCAAGUCUUGAUCUCAGGAUCCUGAGUUCUAGCCCAAUGUUGGGCUCCACGCUGAGUGUGGAGCCUACUUAAAAAGAAAAAAUGUUUAUUCCUAAUUUCCUAAGUUUGAAGUUGUAAUUUUUCUUAAGGAAUUUUCAUUAUCUUAAAAAAAGUCCAGAUUUUAUUUUUUAUGUUAGAUAAUUAAUAUAUAUUCUAAAUAAUGGACUUCUUGCUUAAAAUUAACAGUUUUUUAAAAUUCCUUUUCAAGGCCAGGAGACAAGCUUCUCAAGUCUUCACAGCUGAGAAGAUUCCUUGAAGAAUUAAGCAUUUCAGUGAUCAUGGGAUUUUACUUUCUUUUCCAAAUUCAGAUACUAUAAACUCCCUCAUAGUGCUUACAAAUCUGAAUUCUCUAAAUACUCAACUUAUAAUUUCUGAAACAUCCAAAUCAUACCUCGAGUACCUCACUGUUUAGAAACUAUUUCAAUAAACUGUUUUGUUUGCAUUA